GCCAUUUUGGAGUCGGAGAACCGAGUGUCGGCAGCAGCAUCGAGAGAGACGAAAAAGGGGGAUACGGGGCCAAGGUCUUUUUAAUUCCAUUUGUCUUACUGCUCAUCUUGGAAUUAAAAAUGAUGUCCCUUAUUCAGAAGUAAAAGUUCCCACCCUCUUGGGUGGAGGUGUCUGUCCUGCAUGGCGUCGGGGCUGGGGCGGCAGGAGACUGUGGUGUCGGGCAGUUCUGGCCUUGCCAAGCCCCUCCACUUGCAACGCAUUGAGAGAGCCCUGAGGUUGGACAGCUUUCUCCGCCAGACUGCUGCCAUCUUCAACAGAGAUAUAACCAGUGAUGACAGUGAUGACAGUGAUGGUACAUUGGGAGAGGGACUAUCUCUGGACCCCACCAAUCAUCACACACUUCUGACAGUGAAGGAUGAGUCAUGUGACCAAGAGGGUGGGUUAACGGAGGGUAAGCCCCUCAAUGGGAUCCUGCUGCAAGCCAAAGAUCAAAAGACAGACAAAACCAGCCUUUAUAAUUUCUCCAAACUAAAGAAGAACAGAAAAUGGCUUAAGAGUAUCCUGUUGAGUGAUGACACCACUGACUCAGACACGGACUCUGACAACUCCGACUUCACUAUGUCCAGGGAGGAGCUGCAUGACAUGCUUCGGCUACACCGUUACACCAGGCAGCACCAAAGCAAGUUCCACUCUGACCGGGAGCUCCACCAAUACCAGUACUACAGCACAGGACUCCUUUCGACCCAUGACCCCUUUUAUGAACAACAGCGACACCUAUUGGGGCCAAAGAAGAAGAAACUCAAAGAUGAGAAGAAGUUCAAGGCCAAACUGAAGAAAGUAAAGAAGAAGAAGAAGCGAGGAGAGGGGGACUUCCUGGAUGAGGGGCGUCCCUAUGUCACUAAGAUCUUCGCCAAGUUUUCCCAUGAUGCCCCACUGCCCAUAGUGAAGAAGAAACACCUGACCGUCGAACAACUGAAUGCACGGCGACGCAAAGUUUGGCUCACCAUUGCCAAGAAAGAGAUCCCCAAGUCUUUCAAGCAGAAAACCUCAGCCAAGAACCUUGUAUUGACCAAUGCUAAAAAGCUGGCUCACCAGUGCAUGAGAGAGGUGCGGCGCGCUGCCAUCCAAGCACAGAAGAACUGCAAGGAGACGUUGCCCCGUGCCCGUCGCCUCACCAAGGAAAUGAUGCUCUAUUGGAAGAAGUAUGACAAGGUAGAGAAGGAGCACAGGAAGCGGGCAGAGAAGGAGGCUCUGGAGCAGCGUAAGCUGGAUGAGGAGAUGAGGGAGGCCAAGCGACAGCAGCGCAAACUGAAUUUCCUCAUCACCCAGACAGAGCUGUAUGCUCAUUUUAUGGGUGGCAAAGCCAGCGCAGGGGGUCCAAUAGGAGAUGUGGCACAGGAGGAAAUUCUGAGGAAGCUGGAAGACACCUCGGCUCAGAGGCAGAUUGACAUCGGGGGAGGGGUGAUGGUCAACAUGGGGCAGGAGGACUAUGAUAGUGAAUAUUACAAAUCCCAGGCCCUAAGGAAUGCCAAAGAAGCCUAUCAGAUUCACCAGGAGAAAACACGUAUGUUUGAUGAGGAGGCCAAAGACAGUCGCAGUGCCUCUCUGAAUGCAGCCAGUGGUGCAGCCUCAGCCUCGGGUUCUGGGUUUGGAGAGAGCUACAGCCUGUCCAACCCUUCCAUCCAGGCUGGUGAGGACAUCCCUCAGCCCACCAUCUUCAAUGGCAAACUUAAGGGCUACCAGCUCAAAGGCAUGAACUGGCUGGCCAACCUUUAUGAGCAGGGCAUUAAUGGAAUCCUGGCAGAUGAAAUGGGACUUGGAAAGACGGUCCAGAGUAUUGCGCUGUUGGCGCACCUGGCAGAGAGAGACAACAUCUGGGGUCCGUUCCUGAUCAUCUCCCCUGCUUCCACACUCAACAACUGGCAUCAGGAGUUCACCCGCUUUGUGCCUAAAUUCAAGGUGUUGCCGUACUGGGGGAACCCACAUGAUCGCAAAGUGAUUAGAAAAUUCUGGAGCCAGAAAACGUUGUACACGCAGAAUGCACCGUUCCAUGUGGUAAUCACCAGUUACCAGCUUGUGGUCCAGGAUGUCAAGUACUUUCAGAGAGUCAAGUGGCAGUAUAUGGUUCUGGAUGAGGCCCAGGCACUCAAGAGCAGCACCAGUGUUCGGUGGAAGAUCCUCCUCCAGUUCCAGUGUCGAAACAGGUUGCUGCUCACUGGGACACCAAUCCAGAACACUAUGGCUGAGCUGUGGGCCCUGCUCCACUUCAUCAUGCCCACCUUGUUCGACUCCCAUGAAGAGUUCAACGAGUGGUUUUCCAAAGACAUCGAGAGCCACGCUGAGAACAAAUCUGCCAUCGACGAGAACCAGCUCUCCAGGCUGCACAUGAUCCUCAAGCCCUUCAUGUUGCGCAGGAUCAAGAAAGAUGUGGAGAAUGAGCUCUCGGACAAGAUUGAGAUCCUGACAUACUGCCAGCUGACCUGUCGACAGAGGCUCCUCUACCAGGCACUGAGGAACAAGAUUUCCAUCGAGGACCUCCUCCAGUCCUCCAUGGGCACAGCCCAGCAAGCCCACAGUACCACUUCAUCUCUCAUGAACCUGGUUAUGCAAUUCAGGAAGGUGUGUAACCACCCUGACUUGUUUGAGCGGCAGGAGACACGCUCUCCUUUCCAUAUGUCCCUCAAGCCCUACUUCAUGUUGAAGUUCCUCUACCGCCAAGGCCUCUUACACACAUUCAGCCAGAACAAGCUACUUCAGGUGCUGCUGUCUCCCUUUUCGCCAAACCACAUUCAGCAGUCUCUUUUUCACAGGAGAGGCAACGACCAAGGGAGCUGUUUCUCUUUUCUGCGCUUCAUCGAUGUGUCACCAGCUGAGAUGUCCAACCUCAUGCUUCAAGGCACUCUAGUCAGGUGGUUAGCCCUUUUUCUGGCCCUGAAAGCUGCCUACCGGCUCCACCAUCAACGUCUUUUUGGCCUUGAGAAGGAGGGCAUGGACGGAGCAAGUCUAUGGCCCAGGAGUAUGUGUCUCUCUCACAGAGAUCUGAUUCUUUGGCCUGACCGACCCACCGCCUUCCCCAACACACACACCAGCCCUGUACUACAGGCCUUGGUGUUCACAGCACACAAGCAAGGUGUGGUGGGACACAGAGAUGUGGUGAUUCACAGCCGAAACGCUGCAGUCUCCACUUUACGGCCCUGCCAGCUCACACUGCUGCCCAAGUUCCUGCUUACCACUACACCCAGGGUGACAGCGAUGCCUAUGGAGCGUUACUGUGCUGACCGCAGUGCUGAGUAUGAGUGGCGGCUGACACGCAGUGGUGGCGGUGUGGUCUCCAAACAGUGUUUCUUCUACGGCUCCCCCGAACUUGCCUCUGAUUGGUGCACCAGUGCCAAUACUUUCCAUCCACAAACCCCAGGGGGUGUGAUGGCCCUCUACCCUCGCCACGGCUGGUCCUUCAUUAGAAUACCUGAUAAGGAGAGCCUUAUCACAGAGAGUGGCAAGCUGCGUACCUUGGAUGUCCUGCUGAGUCGUCUAAAGGCCCAGGGACACAGAGUCCUCAUCUACUCUCAAAUGACGCGAAUGAUAGACCUGUUGGAGGAGUACAUGGUUCACCGCAAGCACACCUACAUGCGUCUGGAUGGAUCCUCCAAGAUCUCCGAACGUAGAGAUAUGGUGGCAGACUUCCAGAGCCGAACGGACAUCUUUGUUUUUCUCCUGAGUACGCGGGCUGGAGGACUCGGCAUCAACCUGACUGCUGCUGACACUGUGAUCUUCUACGACAGCGACUGGAACCCCACAGUGGACCAACAAGCCAUGGACAGGGCACAUAGGUUGGGCCAGACUAAGCAGGUCACUGUCUACCGCCUCAUCUGCCAGGGUACCAUCGAGGAGAGGAUCCUGCAGCGCGCCAAGGAGAAGAGCGAGAUCCAAAGGGUGGUGAUCUCAGGGGGCAACUUCAAGCCCGACACCCUCAAACCCAAAGAGGUGGUCAGCCUGCUACUGGAUGAUGAUGAGCUGGAGAAGAAAUUGCGUCUGAGACAGGAGGAGAAGCGGCAGCAGGAGGAAAGCAGCAAGGUGAAAGAUCGUAGGAGGAAGAGAGAGAAGUACGCCGAGAAGAAGAAGAACGAGGAGUCUGAGCCCAAGAAGAGAAAGGAGGUGAACCUUGUCAUCUCCCAUGCCCCUUCAGCAGACAACUCCAAUCUCUCUGCUGACGGUGACGAUUCCUUCAUCAGCGUUGACAUGGACUCAGCCAUGCCCAGCCCCUUCAGCGAGAUCUCCCUGAAUAGCGAGCUGCAACCUGGCUCGCUGCCACCAGAUGCCGAUGCCGAUGACAGCAGCAGUGACAUGCUGGUCAUCGUGGACGAGCCGAUGUCUUCGGCGCCGCAGUCCCGCGCCACCAACUCCCCUGCCUCCAUCGCCGGCUCGGUCUCAGACAACAUGAAUGGUAUUUCAGGCCAGGAUACAAUCAGUUCUGGUCGGGGGCGGUCUGGGCGGAGCCGGGGGCGACCAAAAGGAUCUGGAGGCGGAGCGAAAUCAGGAAAGGGCCGAGGGCGCAAGUCGACAGCGGGCAGUGCAGCAGCAAUGGCAGGAGCAAUGGCAGGGGCAGCAGCUGCAUCGGCAGCAGCAUAUGCCGCCUAUGGCUACAGUGUUUCCAAGGCAGGUCUCCCUGCAGCCAGCACCCUGCAGCCGUCUCUGGGUCGGUCUGGCACCAGUCCAGCAUUCAGCCCGACCAGCAGCUCCUCCCCCCAGGCCAAAGGGGGCACAGGCACCCCCAGCCCCCACAAACAGCCAGCCCACAGCCACCACCACAGCAGCCACAGUUCAGCCAGGAAGGGGAAGGGCCCAAGUGGUCCAGGGGCUCGAUAGUGUGAGCUCGUGGGAUGCUCUCUCUCUCUCUCUCUCUCUCUCUCUCUCUCUCUCUCUCUCUCUCUCUCUCUCUCUCUCUCUCUCUCUCUCUCUCUCUCUCUCUCUCUCUCUCUCUCUCUCUCUCUUUCUCUCUGCAUGCAUUCACAUAAAACUGACCAUCACUCACUGUGACCACAUGGAUGCUGUGCUCCUGAACCAAUUAAAAUGGGGGCCUGUAUUAACAGUAGCUGAAGCGCAGCACCUGGACGCCCAUCUUGUAGCAGCAAGCCCAGCGACUGAAAGGACCGUCUGCACAGACAACACACAAUCAUUCAUAGGUACAAUACAUCGCCAUCCCUCCUAGCCCAUGUUGCAUCCGUCUUAUUUUCAUGAGCCUGCAUUGUCAGGAGAAUUUCUCUUAAGUAUUUUCAGUUGUAUUGUGGCAAGAGUAUCCCAAGAGCUUUUUUUUUUCCUUUUUUUUUUUUUGGAGAGAGAGAACUGUCUUUUUUCUUUUUGCUGCAUUUGUGACACAUGGGAUCGCUGAUAUCCUAGACAGUUGUGGCAUUUCAUCAGACUUAAAGGAACAUUAUUAUGCAUAAAGGGCUUUGAAAACCUUUUGCUCAUCAUAGGAGUGAUCUGAGGAGUCUCUGUCACAUGCACUGAGCCAUGUCUUCCGUUAAUCUGUUUCAUCUGUAGUGUUUUCAGUUCUUACACACGUAGAUUAACUCCUCCACAGAUACUGCUCGGUGACCUUGUAUUUCUGAACAAAAUGUGAACCCAUGUAACACAUACAGCUUUUGUACCAUAUAGCUCUUAUUUUUAUAAUGAAAAACGUGAGUACCAAUGUCAGUAUUACAAAUUUGAAUAUUUAGGAAAAAAAAUUUAAAUCAUUAAAUCAGUUCAAUUGAAAUGCGAUGGGGAAUAAAAUGCAGCAGUGCUGUCAAUUUUUUGCCUGCUGGACAAAUAGAAUGAAACAUUUGGAAAGUUGAAAUAUCCUGUUCCAUAUUCAGGGGCACUACAUGAUAACGCUAUGCGGCAGAACAGUAAAUUAAUAGCUGACUCAAACUUAAGAAUGUCUAAUGUAUACAUUACAUGGGUUUAGUUAAAAGGGGGCGAUUCGUGACCUUUGUGAAAUUCACAUAUAUUGUAAAUUGUAAUGAAAGCUAUUUUAUUUUUCAAAAAAUUAAAAUAAUAUUUCUGAUGAGCGGUCUGCGGUUCCCUUUGAUGUUAUUUUUUAGAAAAGGCUUAAGUUGAUGUCCUUUGUUGAGCACUACAUCUGUCAUGAGUUUGUUUUGUGGUAUAGCCUAAAUUUGAUGUUCUAUAUUGAUGUACAUAAUAUUGAGAGAAGCAUCUUCGCUUGUCUUUUCCCCUUGUUUGCUUGUCUAUUUUUAUAGAUCACAUGUACAUAUGAAAAACACCUGCCAUUUUACUAACAGGAAAAGCCAGUUGAAAAUAAAGA